CUCUCCUACUCUCUCUCUCUCUCUCGCUCCGUGAAGGACAGAGCAAUCCUCUGUUUUCAUCUCACUCCCUCUCAAACUUCAAGAACAGAGAACUUCAUUAAUUCAUUGGUGUUCUACGACCACAGUAAAAUGUCUUCUUUAAUCUUACGUUAAAUUCUCUAAAUUCCCACAAAAAUGUCACUAAUACUUGUUACAAGUCUUCUUCUAUCCAUUUCCAUAGCAUAUGGACUCGAACCCAGCUCAAAAGCUGCUUCAAAACCAGUAAAACCCUUAAAUCUCUCGACGAACACAGUCUCAACUGGAAGUUCUAGCUUCAAAACCUGCACAAAUUCAACUCUUAUUGAUAGAAGAAGACCGCUCACAGUACAUAAUUCUCUGCAACGCGAUGAGAACACUCAAGAUUCUGGAGAAUCUAGUACUAUCUCGAAGAGGAGCAGAAGAUUGGAGACUUUCUCGGAUUACAAGAUUAUAAUCAGAGGAAACACUACGAUUCUGAGCGAGAACAAGACUUUCGAGCUCGGAUUCUUCCACACCAACGACGAAUCAAAAUGGUAUUUGGGUAUUUGGUACGCUUCAAUACCUACACCCACCUACGUCUGGGUCGCAAAUCGCGAAACGCCGGUGAAAAAUAUAUCUUCUGCAAUAGCAGGAAUUACGACGGACGGCAAAUUAACUGUGAAAGAUUCCGGCGACGUUACCAUAUGGCAAACGAGUAAUACAGAGAUGGCCGUGGAGUUUAAGCUUCUGGAGCAGGGCAAUUUGGUUCUACUCACAAAUGAGAGAGAAAUAGUGUGGCAAAGCUUUCACUAUCCUACUGAUACAUGGCUUCCUGGAAUGAACCUCACGAGUCAGCAAUGGCUAUCUUGCUGGAAGAGUUUAAACGAUCCGUCGCCGGGGAAUUAUUUCCUCCGGUUAAAGCAGCCGGAGUACGGCGAGAUCGAGCUAGUCUUCAAUGGAAGUCAUUCGUAUUGGUCCACCGGAAACUGGACCGGCAAUGCCUUCUCCGGUGUUCCCGAAAUGACGAUACCUUAUAUUUAUAGAUUUCAUUUUUCAAGCCCUUUUACUCCGAUGGCGUCGUUUGGGUUCACUGAGAGGUCGUUGGAGACCGGAAUGAAGCCGCCGUUGACGCGGUUCAACCUGGAGUUCACCGGACAGUUGAGACAGUUCACGUGGUCGCCACAGACGGAGAAUUGGAACAUGUUCUGGUCUCAGCCGGAGAAUCGUUGUGGAGUGUACGGACUUUGUGGGAAUUUGGGGUUCUGUAAUUGUAGAACGUUGAAUCCUUGCAAGUGUUUGCAAGGUUUUCGACCCCUUGAUGGUGUUUCUUGGGAUUCGGGGGAUUUUUCCGGCGGUUGUCGCCGUGAGAGCAGUGAUGUGUGCCGUGAAAAUGAUGUGCUUGUGGUGGUUGGGCCGGUGAAUUACGACGGUGCAAUUGUGGUCUCUUUCCCGGCGAGUAGGAGUACUUGUGAGAACAGAUGUUUGAGUAAUUGUUCAUGUAUUGGUUUAUAUCACCAUGAAAGUACUAAUCUUUGCAAGAAUUUAUUUGGGCCUGUCUUAAAUCUUCAAAAUCUCACUUCUGAUAACACAAUUCAGGAUGAUUUAUACUUGAGGGUACAAAAGGGGAGUAUCAAAGAGAAGAACAAAGAGAAAACCUUGGUUUUGAUUGGUACAAUUUGUGGGUUUUUAGUGGUGUUGAUGUUGGUGGUUGCAAUUUUAUUGGGUUGGAGGAAGAUGAGGAUCAAGAAGAGGAAGAGAGAAGAAGAGGAAGGUGUGUUUCCGGUGACGAAUUUGAAGGUGUUUACUUACAAAGAGCUUCAUGUAGCCACAAGGGGAUUCUCUGAGAAGCUUGGCCAUGGUGGUUUCGGAGCAGUGUUUCGUGGCAAGUUAUCGGAUUCUUCCAUUGUGGCUGUGAAGAGGCUUGAAAGACCUGGUGGUGGUGAGAGAGAGUUUAGAGCAGAGGUGUGCACAAUUGGGAACAUUCAACAUGUUAAUCUUGUAAGAUUAAGAGGGUUUUGUUCUGAGAAUUCUCACAGGCUUCUUGUUUAUGAUUACAUGCCUAAUGGUCCUUUGAGUGUGUAUUUGAAGAAGGAUGGUCAGAGUUUGAGUUGGGAUGUUAGAUUUCAGGUUGCAAUUGGGACUGCCAGAGGCAUUGCCUAUUUACAUGAGGAGUGUAGAAAUUGUAUCAUACAUUGUGAUAUUAAGCCCGAGAACAUAUUAUUAGAUGAAGAUUUCUUGGCUAAAGUGUCGGAUUUUGGAUUGGCAAAGCUUAUUGGUCGUGAUUUUAGUCGGGUUUUGGCCACCAUGAGGGGGACAUGGGGCUAUGUUGCACCCGAAUGGAUCUCUGGCGUGGCAAUUACCACGAAAGCUGAUGCAUAUAGCUAUGGAAUGACAUUGUUGGAAUUAAUAGGUGGGCGUCGCAAUGUUGAGGGACCACCUUCAGCUGGUGGUGAUGGAGGGCUUGGGACAGAGAAGUGGUUCUUUCCACCAUGGGCGGCACGUCAGAUAAUUGAGGGAAAUGUGGCGGCGGUGGUGGAUGAGAGGCUUGGUGGCAUGUAUGAUAUAGUAGAGGCCAAACGAGUUGGAAUGGUGGCAGUGUGGUGUAUACAGGAUGAAGAGGCAAUGAGGCCUACAAUGGGGAUGGUGGUGAAAAUGUUGGAAGGUAUGGUGGAAGUAACUCUCCCACCACCACCAAAGCUGCUUCAAGCUUUGGUUUCUGGCGAGUCGUUUCAUGGAGUUGGGGCUAAUUCUGGCAAUCAGGUCUCAACUGGUGGUGAUGAGUAUUCUGAAGAUAAUUUCCAAUUGUCCAGGAAUUCCAAGGAUUCUCAAUCAUCUCUCUAAGAUCUCUCUUUGCCAGUCAAUUUAGAAUUUCAACUAACAAGUUUGUGGAGGUAAUGUCUAAAGCUCAUUGCAUUAUGAAUGUGUAUUUGUUCAGCUUGAAUGGGGUGUAGUGUUCCCUCACAAUCCUUUGUUUGUAGCAGUCAAUUGCAAGAUAAAUGUGAUAUUGUGAAUUCCAUUUUGUCAUAGAGAAGUUGAU